AUGACCAACUUUGUGGCAGCGAAGGCACAGUGGUGGUCUUCCAGGGGCUGGGAUGACAUCGAAGCGCUUAUGCUUCGGGAACCAGAGCGGCAGCGCAGGUUGUACGUGUCCUCAAGAGGAGGCUUGCUCAACAUCGAAGCUAUUCCAGAUCGCGUGUUUCGCCGGCAAUUUCGUUUCGAGAAGGCAGAUUUUCCACUUCUUGUCAUGGCUCUGGAGUUACCGCAGUACUUGUCGAGUGCUCAGGGAGCGCGCAUCUCUGGCUACGAAGCGCUGUGCAUGUGUCUGCGAAGGCUUGCGUACCCGAACGGCUUAUGUGAUCUGCAGGAGUAUUUCGCCAGGCACUAUUCUGUGAUUUCAAGUGUGACAAACAAAGUUAUGCGGCACAUUGAACGCAAGUUUGGAUUUCUGCUAGACGACCUCACCGUUCACAAGUGGUUGACCACUGAGGACUUGAAAGCCAUGAGCGAGGCAGUAUAUCUGAAAGGUGCACCUUUGAAGAAUUGCUGGGCCUUCAAUGACGGCACGGUGUGGCCAAUUUGCAGACCGUCAAAAGAUCAGCGUACUUAUUUUUCUGGGCACAAGCGGCUACAUGCACUAAAGUACCAAUCCUUGAUGUGCCCAAAUGGUCUGAUAUGCGAGCUGGAUGGCCCAUACCCUGGGAGCAAGCAUGAUGCUGGGAUCUUUCACGACAGUGGACUCUACAAAAAGCUUGAAAAGCUGAAUGAAGGCAACCAACAAUUCGUGCUGUAUGGUGACCCUGCUUAUCCACUACGCCCGCUGCUCAUGAAGCCAUAUGGGGGGACAAGGAAGACAGUACAGCAGGAGAAAUUCAAUGCUGCCAUGAGUGCUGUUAGGAACUCGUGA